GUAGACUUCCAGACCCCUCCUCCCAUUAUGGCCCGUCGUAGUGGUUGUUGCAUGUACUUCAACAUCUUCACUGCAUUACUUGGGGUGAUAGCAGGGUGGUCAGCAUUUGGGGUGUUUUUCUUCCACUUUGAAAAUCGACAAGCAGGAAUGUGGGCUUUUGUGUCAGGAACAUUUGCUGCCACAACUCUCUUCAUUCACAUUCUGUACAAGCAGCAUACGCUAGAAACGUGGUACACUCCAGAGAACCUGCUUCAGAUACGACUUCUGGGAUUAUUAGGAUCGCUAGCUGGAAUUGUUGGUACUUCAGCAUACAUCGGUAUUGCUGUAUCCAGUGAUGAAGAUUGCCCCUCCAUGGACAAUAUUGGUACAAGUCAUUACUUCAUGGCAAUAUGGUCACUGCUGUCACUUAAAUGGGGAGCAUCACUUUUUGUCUUCUCUUAUAUCUACCGGAAGAGACUACUUGAGGAAUACCAUCCAUUAUUGGCAUAAGACAGAGUUGGGAUGCCAGCAAGAAAAAACCUUCCCACCUUUAGAACAUGGAUUAUAAUGUGUUUCAGAGUGAAUCAAUCCAUGGGGCAAGAUUCUAAUACAGGCACCACAAACUAAUUAAUGUACAGUGGCAUGUUUCCUUCAUUUGAUUGAAUACAACAAAACCCUGGUGCAAUGAAUUUCAACAAGAAAACCUGACUGCACAAAGGCAUGGCAAGUCUGCUGCAUGCAGGUGAUAGAGUUAUCCAUACAGAGAACAAAAACCAUUUCACUGCACAUUUGUCUGUAUGAGUGUAUCAUGUAGCAGACCAGUACACUUCAUAGCAAGUUUGUCCAGUAUGAGCUCGGCUGUAUCUAAAACCUGUCCGUUUUUCAUUGUUCCUGCAUUUGGCACUACAGCCAACAUAAUAUGAGUGAAGGUCAAAUCAAGAGGAUUCUCAGUUAUAGUGACAGUAGAUUAAGUUAGAUAAGGUUUGUCAGGAAACAGGACAAGUGUUUCUUGACACGGGUCUUAGUCAUAUGAUGACCCACAGCUGGAGCUUCUGAUCAUCCGACUGAGGCCUUCUGAUGGCUUACUGGUCCACCCCCUUUAAAAAUUAUAGUUAAAAUUAUGACCAUUACACUCUCACUAUAAGUGACAGUAAUAGCAGUGAUGCAAGGUGCAGUUAACAUAAUUUAGAGGAAGUCUUAAAAAAAGAGAAUCUACAGUAGAAAAUACAAACCAUCCAAUGCAAAAUAUAGCAAUAUUUUUCUAUUAAACAUAUUCAUAUCUGCAAAC